UGAUCGUACCCUGUCUGUUCCUAUUCUCCGUUGAAUCAAUUUGCAUGGUAUGAAAAGUAUAGAAUACAAAUCUGAUUAUCUACAUCAAGUUAGUUUAACCAGUACAAUAACUUUUCAUGGAAUACAAAUCUGAUUAUCUACAUCAAGUUAGUUUAACCAGUACAAUAACUUUUAAUACAAGUGCUAGCAUCCUAAGUAACAGGAACGGAAACUAUUAAGAUGUGCAAUCUGACUAUGUAAAUUGAGAAAACACAUUAAAUAAUUUAUGGGGAUAUUUUCAUUUUCCAUUUCCAAUACCCCAUUUUCUUUUUAACUCUUUCGGUUUUCCAUUUUUUUUUUUUUCCCACCUGAUGUUGUGCACGCUUGGAUGUCCUUUUCUGCAAUUUUUGUUUGUGGAAAUACAUGCAUUAUGCACCAAAAGAUUUGAAUAUUUUACCCCAAUGUAAUCGUGUUGCUUUUUAAUAAUUAUCUGUGGCAAGAUAUCUUCUAUAUAUGAGUUCUUGUGUUUCUAAGCUCCAUCUCGAGGUCAUUGUCAGAUAGACAAGAAAAAAGCUUAUCUCCGAGACAAGCUUGCUUGAAAUGGGUACCUUUGUUGGACACAUAAUACCUGGUUUGGCAUUCACUCUCCUUGGCCUAUGGCACACCAUCAAUACCAUCAGAUCCUACUUUCUCCAAGGCCCUUCUAAUUUUACAGUAAGGUUUUGGUACCCAUUGAACAGCCCUCCUUCAAAACUUAAACACCUGGAGCUCAUUUUCAUCUUAUCUUUCUCUCUAUUUGCAAUCUUCAUGCAAAUUCUAGACUUUCCUUUCCUUCGUUUUGCUUUCAAACUUGACAACUUCGAACAUGCCACUAUGUUCAUCCAUCUUGCUUUAUUUGCAGGCUUUACAUUUUUUGCUGAGUUGAUCCAUUCAAUGCAGAUCCUAUCUGGGGUUGCAGGAAUACUUGUCGCCUCUGUUUUUGGACAAGAGCUUUUCCUACUCCAUUUCCACUCAACUGACCAUGUUGGGCUUGAAGGGCAUUACCAUGGGCUUCUACAACUCAUAGUGUUUGUUUCUCUUAUAGCAGCUUUGGCAGCAAGUUGCUUCCCAACCAGUCUUCCAGCAGCUCUUGUUCUGUCAAACUCUGUGGUAUUUCAAGGCUGCUGGUUUAUGAACAUGGGGUUCAUGCUAUGGCUUCCUAGGUUUGUUCCACUGGGUUGCAAUCUGAAUUCCGCUGAGGGUAGUAGUGAUGACAUGCUUGGUGCAGUCAUUUGUGGGUCUGGUGAUGCAGAUUUUAGGGCAAGAGCAUUGGCCAACUUGCAAUUCAGUUGGAUACUUUCAGGAAUUUUGAUAAUCACGGGAUCCAUGUGCCUGAGAUCAGCUGCAAAAUUCACUCCAAGGGAACCUCCAAACGAGUAUGAACAACUUCGCAGUAGAGGAGCGGAUGUCCAGAUACUUAUGAACUGUUUCAAGCAAACUCACCCCUGAAUAUAUUUCAGUAUGCAUGUCAAACUUGACACGUUUGACAUCUAUGUUCAUGGCCUUUUAAGGGCAUGUAUAUGGGAACCAAUAAACAUGUUAUCACUAAACUACACUAGCUGAAGAAGUGUGAGACCAAGCAAGUUAUUUCUGUGAA